UAGUCUUGUCCUGGUUGGUGGAAGAUAUCGCAGUGUCGAUCUCUCAUGUCGUGGUCGUCGUGUAACCAAAGUCUUCACGACGAAAUUCUUCGCCUUCCAUCUACAUCUGUCUUCUCCAUCUAAAUAAAUAAUACACACAUUUGCAUACGAAAGGAGACUCGGAUUUAUUUAUUUUUACAUUUCUAACUCAUCCUGGUUUGAAAAAAAAGUGUUAAAUUGUUAAAUCCCAGUUUUGAAUAAUUGUGGAGAUACUUUUUGCAUAUGUACUUUUGUAAAUCGUGUCAGUGCGGAGAGUUACAAAAUCCUGGGAGUCGAUAAUUAUGUAAUCGUAGAAGAAGUCAUUGGAUAAGAUAAAGUACAAUCGUCUAGUUUGUCAUGGGGGCUGUGCUGCUCGAUUUUGUACGAAACAGUGUGUGGCACGCGUUCACCACGCUGUCCGACUCUGGGACUGCAUUUUCGCCCAAGUCGAAACUCAAGGUCCUUGUCUCUCACAUUGGUACAGUUUUCGAAUGCGGAAACUUGGCGUCCCUCGCCCUGGAAGAUUUUGGGAGCGACACGUCCCUAAAUUUCAAACAGUUUGAGAGCUACUUAUCUCGGGAAGUGUUUUCCUCGCUGAGUGACUCGCUGGGCAGGAGGGACUUGUCCCUUUUGGAGAAACAAAUCGACCAAAUUUGCUGGAAUUUGAGUAAAUCUAAACUGAUUUUGGAUUCGGUGAAAAGAAAUCCGAGAUUGGGGAGUGAGUCAACUUUCAAACUGUUUCGUCUCUUCUGCCUCCUCGGGGACCUUAUCACGGAUGCUGACACGAAUAAUGCUCAGGUUGUAUUGUGUUCGGAAGAAGCGGAACUCGUAUUUAAGAAAUUAUUGUCAACCUUAUCGGGAAGAGAGUGUAAUUUAAUGCUGGAUGAGAAUUUUGAGUGCUUAUUUUCCAACGCCCUAUUCGACUUCCAGAACUUGUUAUCUGUCAUUGAACUGAAAUUUUUGAAACAUUUUGAACCGGAAAACGUCGUCGAAGUCAUCAACGAAUUGUAUGACGAGUUUGUCGACGAUACAGUAAAAACGGGAACGCUAAUGUUGAAACGUUACUCAACCUUUGGGAAGUACAAGGAGAAGAUGUUUGUACUAAAAUCGUCCGGAAUCGGGUAUUACAACAUGGAUCCGGGGAAAAUGAAAUUUAUCGAAUUUGACUCUCAGACGAGGAUCGACGAAGACGUGGGUAGCGAGCAGGCCAGCAAAUUCAGAAAGUUUCGAAUCGUCACGUUGGAAAGGGUACUGAAUUUGGCGACGCUGGACAAAAGAUAUCGCUCCCAAUGGAUCGCCUCACUUCGCUUGGCCCUGUCGCGACUCAACUGUCAAGAGUCGCACGGUCGCUACUUGAAGGACAAACGGCGUCUCGAGUGGCAUCGCGUCCGAAUAAAGAGAGAAAUCGAAACGGAAAGAAGUCGGGAAAUGUUUGAAGCGGAAAAAAUGGCACGCCUCGCCGCGGAAGACCAAGCCAAAGAGCUCGCCCAGCAAAAAGCGUAUGAAGAAGAGCAGCGCAAAAUGCUGGAAAAUAUGCGUCUUCAGCUCGAGAAGUUGCUUCGCGAGGAAAUCCAGGCCAAACAGGAUGAAGAACUGGUUCGAAACUUGCAAGCCAAAAUCCUCAACGAAGAAUGGGAGAAGAGGGACGAGUUGGAAAAAUUGGAACGAGAACAACGCAAACUGCUCGACGUGGAGAGACACAAAUCCAAAACGUAUCUCCAGAAACAGAUCGAGCUGGAAUUUCAAUUAGAUGAAGCGCACAGGAAGUUGAAAGGUUUGGAGAAAGCUCGUGCCGAAAUGGAUUAUGAGCUGAUAAGUUCCAGACUAAAAAACGUGGAGCGAAACCGUGAGAUUUUGGAAACGAGGGUCAAACUCUUUUCAGCACCGAUUGUCGAGGAUGAGAAAAUUCGCCGGGCGCGUCGCUCAGUGUCGAUGCGCGAGAGUCGACCCCCACCCACGCACAGCAGUGGUGGCAGCAGUGGCAGCAGUAGGAACAACCAUCGACGACUCGGGGUGGACGACUUGAUCACGACAAAUUUGUCCAAAAUUAACUACUUCGAUCCCUCCUAGAUUAAAUUGUUUUACUAAAUUUUUCUUAAUUUUGUGUUGUACUGACUUCCGUAAUUAAUUGAUAAUAAAUAAUUGAUUCAUUAAA